AUGUUGCUUUACAGACACUCGAGUCUGUCUUUCUAUUCAAAGAUUCUGCAAACUCGAUCACUUUCUGUUCGUCGUACUGCUAAUGAAUAUUCUCAUUUAAAGAAAGGUUUAAACGAUCCAAGAGCUCGUCUGGUCGAGUCUGCUAUUCCAUCUAAAGUCGGUUCAUCUGCUAAUAUAGGUGUUCCUACUUCAUUCGUACUCUAUACAUACCCAAAUUUAACCCAGUAUUACAUGCUCUACGGUUCUGGAUGUGUUCAUAUGAUUUUUUGGGGUUCUUUUGCCUACUUGCUAUAUACAAACCAGCCUGAUUCACCCAGCAGUUUUCUCAACACUAAAGUUACAGAUUUAGUCUUUUUUCCACAAAAUGCUUCUGAUCCGGAUACACACGAUAGCGAUCGUGUACAGUCAUCUUCUGCUACUCCUCAGCCAUCACUCGCUGAAUCAAUAUCCAAUUUCAUAAAAGAGAAUCGGUCAGUUUCUCUUGCUACUGCUAGUGCUGUCGCUUGCGCCUCAGUGGGCAUUGUUUUUUUCGCAGUCUCGCACUGGCUGGCAUCUGGUCAUCUUUCCAAGAUUGAACUCGUUAAUGGAAAUACUUUUCGAGUGCGCACUUGUGCAUUGAUUGGCAAAGCAACACACGAGUAUCCACUUUCAUCUGCUUCCCUAACACGACCUCUUUAUACCGGUAUCGGUCCAAGAGGAGUCGAUAUUCUUCAUGACACUCAUACGCCAUGGUAUAGAAAUCUCUUCAAUCUUGAAAAACCAACUCAUUUGAUUUUUGAUGUUGCCAGCAAUUCUCGUAAAAAGUUUUUGGUUCAUCGCAAAGGUGUUUUUCCUAAUCCACAGUUUUUGGAUCGUCUAAUUACUGAAAAAAAACCACUUUUUGUUCUGCACCAAUAA